AUGGAUGCAUUUGGCGAAGAUAUCCAGCGAAUCAAAGAUUACCUUCUGAAGGUGGAAGAAAUCGAAGAUAACGACGAAGGUGAACGUCUAUCGACAGCAAAUAAAGAACGGGACUAUGAGAAGAAAAACACCGCUACACUGCCAUUGGUCACUGUUGUAGAAGAAACGCCUAUGAAGCCGCUAUCCGACGGCGAAGUUGCUGAGGAUGUACUCGAGUUCGAAGUAUGA